GUCGUUUCAAAUGGAAAACCCUCUUGUCCUUUGGCCUUUCUCAACUCUUCAGUCCUCUCGCGUGACCUCCCAACCGUGUCCCUCUCACAAAUCGUCUUCGCCGUCUUCUCCAACGAUCUGGCUCAUGCACAAUCGCCUUGACCUGUUCUGAAAUUCGCAGCACGUCCACGGUUCAUAAUGUCGUCUAACCCCUCCGCCACCCCCGAUCAAAAGGUGCCCUCCUCGAUCCUUAUCAUCGGCUCCGGCGUCUUUGGUCUCUCGACCGCAGACGCUCUCUGUCGACGACCCGAAUACGCAGACACCAAGAUCGUCGUGGUCGAUCGUUUGCCGUUCCCGGCUCCUGACGGCGCCAGCAUAGACACGUCGAGAAUCGUUAGGGCCGACUACGCCAACGCUGCCUACGCAGCUCUUGGACUUGAAGCUCAGAAACAUUGGCGUGGUGAAUGGGGUGCCGACAAUCGUUACCAUGAGGUCGGCCUGUGCCUCACAGCAGACGCUGGUCAGAGCGAAUAUGUGGAGAAGAGCCUGGAGAAUGUAAGGGCACUCGAAUUCAUUGAGAAGACACCAGCACUGGCCGAGCCGAAACCGAAUGGGAAGGCCAUUGAAAGUUUCUCUAGCCACGAGGAACUGACGGCGGUAACGGGAACGGGUGGAGCAAGCGGAACGAUGGGUUACAUCAACCGUCGCUCCGGCUGGGCAGAUGCAGAGUCGUCGCUUCGUUGGUUGCGCAAGCGUGUCAUGGCGUACAAACGUGUUGGCUUCCUCAGCGUGGGGGUGGAGAAGCUCGUCUUUGAUCCAGAGACCGGCACAGUUGCAGGUGUUGAGCUUUGCGACGGGAACUACCUGUCCGCCGACCUGAUCGUGCUCGCUGCAGGCGCCUGGUCCGGGUCUUUGAUCGAUCUUACCGGCCGCGUCACUGCCACAGGACAGGUGCUCGGCUACAUCGAGGUCACCAAGCAGGAGGCCGAGGCGCUAUCGCAGACGCCCGUGCAACUCAACAUGUCCAGCGGCGUCUUUGCCAUACCGCCGCCGCACCCGGAGAAGAUACCGCAGCCCCCUUCGCAGAUGGGCAAAGGCACGCUCUAUCUGAAGAUCGCACGCCACGCGUGGGGCUACACGAAUCCUACUGCCAUUCCUCACCCGGAGGAUGCCUCCGCCGGCGAACUAACAGUCUCUCUGCCGCACACCAAGCCCGAUGCCGCAAAGGCGUCGCAGCCCAUUCCGAAGGAAGGCGAAGACGACCUGCGCGCUUUCCUACAGGCCAUCAUUCCACCCUCUUCGCCUCUCGCAGACAUCGCUGACCGUCCCUUCGCGUUCACGAGGAUUUGCCAUUACGCCGACACUCCUGACGGCGACUUCCUCAUCGACUACCAUCCUAAGUAUGCAAAAUCCUUGUUCAUUGCCACAGGCGGCAGCGGUCAUGGAUUCAAAUUCCUGCCCGUCAUUGGUGAUAAGAUCGUGGACUGCAUGCAGGGCAAUCGCCCAAGCGAGUUCACGAAUAAAUGGGCGUGGAAGGAAGCCGCCAUGGAUGAGUGGUCUCUGGACGGCAGCAGAAGCGGCUCUCGUGGUUUAAUCCUCAAGGACGAGCUAACGAAAAGCGGUCUUGAAUACUGAAUCACUAAAGCGCGAGGAGAACCAACCAACAGCUGAGUCAUCACGACGGACUAAGGGCGUAAUGUGGGCACAAGAGUUCUCUUGUCCAUAAGCGACUGACAUUGCAUUUCAUUAGCAUGCUACGUCUCCUAAAAAAGCAUGCUUCCUUGGACCCUGUUUCUCAUGAUCCAGCUACUGUCACCGACCUCGAUCGGGACCAUCAAAGACACCAGCAACCUGACUACGCCCCUCCUUACAUUCACCACGUCAAUCAACGCUAGCACCUCUCGCGCGGAAGCCUCUAAGGGUAUGAUGAAGACAAAAAACCCAUCCCUAGGGCAGUCAACUUGUUUAAAAGCAACCGGUUUCAGUCUUUUGUUCAGCCCAAAAGUAAACGGACGUACGGAUUAGUAUGGGUUGAGAAAAAAAACACGAUGGCGUGAUACCCGAUCGACCGACCGGCGCCCCCACCGGACAUGCUGGCCAUCGUGCGAAAUAUGUUUUGUAAUGUGCAGAAGGUGUAACGACCGAGCGUCGGUCGUGAAAGUUGGUCUAAUCAUCAAAAUAAUGACCUGAAUCUCCCCUUUUGUAAAAAAAGGUCAAACUGUUUUGUCGCGCCGGAAACACCAUGCAAUGCCGCGUAUAAAGUGUGGAGAAGAGAGAAAAAAGAAGUCAUGCUCACGCCUGGUCGUAAUGACGACGAUGACGAGCUGAGUAGGACCAUGAAGCCGACACCCAACGCUUCAGGGGGUCUUUGCAAACUAUACGUGCUGUUGGUACAGACUGGUGAUACAGCGGUGUCGCAGGUUUGAGAAUCCACCGGUGAGUCUGUUCUCGGAAGUUAUUUUUUGCUGAUUGACAGCUCAUGACUUGCGGAAAUCACUCAAGACCGGAUAGAUGAGCUCAAAGGCCUGGUAUAUCUCUUCUCGAACCUUCGCACCAGUCAAGACAAUCUUGCCACUGACGAAGAUGAGGAGCACAAUCUUCGGUUUCAUCAUGCGGUAGAUUAGACCUGGGAACAGCUCAGGCUCGUAGCUAGAGAAGUUGUGAUGUGUGCUGGCCAGACCCUCCAGGCGUAUUGGGAACUGCACAUCACAGGAGCCGACGAUGUUUUGGAUUUUGAAGUCGGUGAACUUGGCGUCAAAACCAAGCUUCUGAAUGAUGCGCGCAUACUUGCGCGAGGCAAGUUUGCUAUCCGACUCUGACUUUGCACCCGUGACGACCAUCUUGCCGGAGGCGAAGAUUAGAGCAGUGGUCUUCGGGUCGCGGAUACGCAUGAUGACGGCAGCGAAACGCUUGGGGUUGUACUCUGCGUUACGCGCGUGCAGUGCAAUCGUCUUGAGAUCCAGGCGACAGCUGAGAUUGACAGUAGCGACAAGAUUCUGCAGCUUCGGGACAACUCCAGACGUAGUGCUGCCCGGUUGACCCGGCGUUGCGGCUGGUGUCGCGGGAGCUGGUCCAUUCUGCUGUCCGCUUGCGCCGUUGACGGUUCCAUUUGCCUGUGGCUGGACCUCCUGCGACGGGGUGUUCAAGUCCUGGUGCGCAGAGGGGUAGCUGAGUGAGUUCUACAGAACUUCUGUUAGCACAUCAAAGGAAUGCGCAAAGAAGUAGCAUCAAGUGCUUACUGGUGCCACAAAGUUCUUUGCAGCCGCAGCCGUGGUCGGGUGCGAAGUUAAAUCCAUGAUGGCGACCAAAGCUCAGAUGACGCGUCACGCACAGUGGACGACGGCGGGUUUGUGGCACGAGUAAAGCUUCUUGUUUGUUUUUAUUUAUGUGGCCGUUGGAGGCAGUGACUAGAUAGACAGGCGCGGUGUUAACCAGCGGCUCACGUUCAGGUGUAGCUUCUAAGGUGACGGAAGAGGUCGAAGUGAUCGCGGCGCAAAAGUGAUCGAAAGCUUGGGCUUCCGGGCGUCGAUAGAUCGCGUCGGCCCUAUUAUGAAGAG